AUGAACUCCAAAAUCUCAGACUUUGGUUUGGCCAGGAUAUUUCAGAGGCAAGAAUUUGAAGCUAACACGGAGCAGAUUGUUGGUACCCAUGGCUAUAUGUCUCCAGAAUAUGCCAUGAAUGGCAUUGUGUCGACGAAGACAGACGUAUUCAGUUUUGGAGUUCUAGUACUCGAGAUUUUGAGUGGUAAAAGAAACAACAGCUGGUAUCACGUAGAAUGCCCUCUAAACCUCAUUGGACAUGCAUGGAAAUUGUGUAAAGCAGGCAGAGUCCUUGAAGAAAUAACAGAACCUUACGCUGAUGUUAAUGGAGGACGAGAUGAAAUGGUUCUCUGGAUAGCUAACAGAGAUGAUCCUAUAACUGAUACAUCUGGAAUUCUUAUGGUAACUCCUGAUGGCAGCUUAAUGAUUUCUCACAGUCGAGAACCUAAUCUAGACAAAGAGGACUUAGGAGAUGAUGAGUUGUUGGGGCCAUUUAACCGAAGACGUGCAGAGGAUAUAGCUGCAAAAGUGAACAAAAAUGUGAACAAAAAUUGUCCUUUUAGAGCAAGACCUAAACUUCAAGUUAUGCAUUUUAAUUUGGAGGAUGAUGAUGAUGACUUGGAUGGAGCCGGUGCAACAGGGCUAUUAUUCCUUCACCCUUAG